GGGCUUGUAUAUGCGCUGCACACAGACCGCGUAGUGAUAACAAACUGCUGUUGACAAGAUGUCAGAGCUUUCUGCAGAUUAUCGUGUUGAGGCUGAUAUCCAAGGUGAUGCUCACACCGCGGAAACAACGUCUGUAGCCUCGGUCUGACUCAACGGAGAGAUGCCUCCCAACACACGGAUCCAGAAGAAAGCGCUGAAAUUUGACUGUGAGUGGGGUCCGUGUCACGAGUCGUUCAGUCGGAUGGAAAACUUCUGCAAACAUGCAGAGGGUCACCUUAGUGCUGGGAACAUGGCGGAGGAGGAUGAGGAGGAAGCAGAAGGGGAAAGAAACUGUCUGUGGAGAGACUGUGGUUUCUGCUCACUGGAGGGUACUGAGGAGUUGCGUCGACAUCUUUUCUUCCACUGUUACCACACCAAGCUGAAGCAGUUGGGUCAGCAGGUGCUCAAUGCUCAGCCAGAACUCGGCAGCUGCUCCAUCGGCUUCCACAACCGCAACAUCAUCCCUGAAAUCCCAGACAAUUUCGUCUGCCUCUGGGAAGAGUGCGAGCAACCACCAUAUGAAAACCCUGAGUGGUUCUACCGACAUGUGGAGAUGCACAGCCUGUGCAUAGAUAUACCAACAGGAGACUGUGAAUUCCUAAUACGCUGUGGAUGGAAAGAUUGUGAAGCCACUGCAAAGGGUCGUCCUAAGAUGCGGGAGCAUCUGCGCAGCCACACCCAGGAGAAAGUCGUGGCAUGUCCAGGCUGUGGGGGGAUGUACGCCAACAACACCAAGUUGUUUGACCACAUCAUACGACAGAGCGCCAUGGAAGGUCAGAGGUUCCAGUGUUCUCACUGUUCCAAACGUUUUGCAACAGAAAGGCUGCUGAGAGACCACAUGAGGACCCACGUGAGCCACUACAAAUGCCCGCUCUGUGACAUGACUUGUCCAUCACCCUCCUCACUACGCAGCCAUAUCAAGUUCCGCCACAGUAACGAGAAGCCAUACAGCUGUGAAUACUGCGAAUACAGCUGCAAGAAUCUGAUCGAUUUGCGUAAACACCUGGAUAGCCACAGCAGCGAGCCUGCAUUUCGCUGCGAUGUUCCCGCCUGUGGUUUCACUUGUCGUACCUCCACCACCAUGAAGAUUCAUCACAAAAAAGAGCACGAGGGGACUUUUAUACCUCGCUACAAGUGCCAUGUGUGUGGUCAGUGCUUCACCAGGGGCAACAACCUCACAGUCCAUCUGCACAAAAAGCACCAAUUCAAAUGGCCCUCUGGACACCCCAGGUUCAGGUACAAGGAGCACGAAGACGGCUUCAUGCGGCUGCAGUUGAUUCGCUACGAGAGCGUUGAACUGACCGAGCAGUUAAUGAGGGAAAGACAAAACAGGCAAGGGGAGGACGAUGAGGACGGUGGACACACUGAAGGGCAGGGGCUGGAAGAAGAAUCUGCAGGUGCAGCUCCUGCAGAGUUGCAGGUGGAACUGAGAGGGGUGCUGCUGGAGGAGCAGAGGACUGAGCCGGCCGACGGCACCGAGGAGAGCAGUCAGGAAGAGGGCGUGUUGUUCGUUCUCACUGGAGGUUUGUCACAUGAAGAGGAAGACUCUGCCAUGCUGACUCUCUAGGAUACUGCUCAGUAGCAAAGAAUGCAGAUGGUUUGACCAGGACAGUCCUGAAUACAUGUCCUAUACAUGGAAGGACAUUCUGUCAUCAGCUCUGCUGUUUCAUAGAUUGUAAAUGUAUGAAGCAUCUUAUGGACUCUCAGACCCUUUAAUGAAGUUCUUAAUGAUGUAUCUAUGCUAAAUUAAAAUGUCUUAAUGAAGGGAAACAUACUCCAGGGUCUUGACCAUAUGCCUAUAUUAGGUAAUAAGCCUUUUUAUGUGUUUUGUUUGAUAAUAUUGAACCUGGUCCUUUUUGUAUUUCAAAUUCAAUAAUUGUCCUGCAACAUGAUCAGAUAGUUGGAUACUAUUACUGCACGGUCUAGUGGCUGGUCAAUCUCCUCUAGAUGAGAAAUUCAGAAAUGCAUCCACCACACAUUGAUAUUCACCAUAAUGUGUGGAAUCCAGCAAAGACCAACCUCAUGAGCUUGGAAAUUGU